GAGGAGAGUUAAGUAAUAUACUAUAAAAGCAAGGGGCUUUUAUAUAAUUUUAAAGAGUUUUAGGGACUAAGCUUAUAAAUUAAAAUAGUUAAGGGCUUUAGGGAAAAAAAAGAAGGGUUUUGAGGUUUUAGAAACAGUCUCCCAUGGAGGAAUGGCUUACUUAGAUACCUUGUUACAGAGACGAAGCUCUCUCUCUCUUUCUCACUCUCACUUCAAGCAACUCCAUUCCCACCUCUUAACCACCGGAAUAUUCCAUCUCCGGCCAACUUCCGCCACUAAACUCAUCGAACUCAUCUCUAUUUCACCCUCCGCCGCUGACCUCUCUUACGCUUUACAAAUCUUCCCCUACAUUCAAUUUCCUUCCACCAACGACUGGAACGCCGUUCUUCGUGGCUUAGCUCAGAGCCCUAAACCUACCGAAGCCAUAUCAUGGUUCAGGACCAUGUCACGCGCCGCCGGUGCCAGACCCGACGCGCUCACGUGCUCCUUCGCUCUGAAGGCCUGCGCACGUGCUUUGGCUCGCAACGAGGCUGUUCAGCUCCAUUCUCAGGUGGUUAGGUUCGGGUUCGGUUCAGAUAUGUUGUUGAAGACUACUCUGCUCGAUGUUUAUGCGAAAGUUGGGGAUAUUGAUUGUGCGAGGAAGGUGUUUGAUGAAAUGUGUAAGAGAGAUAUUGCUUCUUGGAAUGCUUUGAUUAUUGGUUUGGCUCAAGGGAAUAGACCCAAUGAAGCUAUAACUAUGUUUAAGAGAAUGAGAGAUGAAUUGGGUGGUUUUAAACCUAAUGAAGUUACUGUCUUGGGUGCUCUUUCGGCUUGUUCUCAAUUGGGGGCUUUUAGAGAAGGAGAAGAGAUUCAUGAGUAUAUAUUGAUGGAGAAGCUUGAUGGGAAUGUGAUAGUUUGUAAUGCUGUUAUUGAUAUGUAUGGGAAAUGUGGUUUUGUUGAGAAAGCUUAUGAGGUUUUUAGUUCUAUGAAAUGUAAGAGAAAUAUUGUUACUUGGAACACAAUGAUUAUGGCUUUUGCUAUGGAUGGUAAUGCCCGAAAAGUUCUUGAGCUUUUCGGGGAAAUGAGGGAAUCCGGUGGGGUUCAACCGGAUGCAGUUUCGUAUCUCGGUGCUUUGUGUGGUUGUAAUCAUGGUGGAUUGGUGGAUGAAGGUGUUAGGUUGUUUUAUUCGAUGGUAGAGUUCGGUUUGGAGCCUAAUGUUAAGCAUUAUGGUAGUGUUGUUGAUUUGAUGGGAAGAGCCGGGAGGCUUGAAGAAGCGUAUGAAAUAAUAAACUCGAUGCCUACUUCGCCUGAUGUUGUGCUAUGGCAGACUUUGCUCGGUGCUUCCAAGACGUAUGGGAAUGUAGAAAUGGCGGAAAUUGCAUCGCAGAAGCUUAUGGAAAUGGGGUCUAGUAGUUGUGGCGAUUUUGUUUUGUUAUCGAAUGUUUAUGCUGCUCAUAAGCGAUGGGACGACGUAGGGAGAGUUAGGGAAGCUAUGAAGAAAAGGGAUGUGAGGAAGAUACCGGGUUUUAGCUACACAGAAGUUGAAGGAGUUAUUCAUAAGUUUGUUAAUGGCGAUCAAAGCCACGAGAAAUGGCGUGAAAUUUAUGGUAAGAUGGAUGAGAUACAAUUGAAAAUGAGAGGCUUUGGGUAUGUGGCUAGUACUAAUAAUGUGUUGCAUGAUAUUGGGGAGGAAGAGAAGGAGAAUGCUUUGAGUCAUCAUAGUGAGAAAUUGGCAGUGGCAUUUGGUUUGAUUAGUACAAGUGAAGGAACACCAAUUCAAGUGAUCAAGAACCUUAGAAUAUGUGGGGAUUGUCAUAUGGUAAUCAAACUCAUUUCCAAGAUUUUUAACCGGGAAAUUAUUGUGCGCGAUCGAGCACGAUUUCAUAGGUUUAAAGAUGGUUUGUGUUCUUGCAAAGAUUAUUGGUAAAAUUUGAUAAAACAGUUCAUGAAGUUUGAGAAGAAUAUAUUAAAGUACAGAGCAUAGUUUAUACUUUUAACCAAAUUCCCUCUUUUUAAGAGUUUGGGGCAGGAUUUAUUUGUUUGAUUUCACAGCAUUCUUUAUUGAGAUUAUAAACAAAUGGAAGGAAGUACUUGAUGGUGGAAAAUGGAAAUAACUUAUCAAACGUAUUUAUCACUUUGAUAUACUUUUUUUUU